GGGCACAGUCCCCGCGCUCGGCUCAUUGUUCCCUCCCUUCCUCCCUCACUUCGCGCUGGGGCUGAGGGCUGCCAGGCAGAGGAGGUGGGGGCGUCCGGACUCAGAGUGACAAAAUGCAAGCAUUUCCUUUCCUCCGGCCGCGCGUCCACUUCUGACAGCGGGGGGAAAAAAAAAUCUCAAAACAAAAAACUCUAAGCUGGGUCUGCAGAACGCCCAGGCGACCGCCACCCCACGUUCUCGGGACUCCUAAGCUGAACCUUUCCCAAGCCAGCUCCAGCGCCUCUUCUUGCUCUGGCUUUGACUUUUCUCCUUGGGGAGUCUAGCAGAGAAUCCAGUACGUUUGGCAUCACCCCCCCGACCCCGGAAAAUACUGGCAGACCCCAAUAAUUUCGAGGAAAGUCUUGAAGUCUUUCAUGAGCGGAGCUCUGAGAGAAAUAACUCCGGCAUUUGCCUGCCCUGCGUUUAUUCCCAAUUUAUUUCAAGAGUCCAGUUUGGGAAGAGAGGCUGGAAGGCGAAGGAGUGAAAAGAACACGGGACGUAAAGCCGGCGGUCCGGAGCUGCAGCCUGCAUCCGUGUGCAUGUGCCCUGGGUGUGUGGUGUUAGUGCCUGGGCGUGCGAAUUCAUGGAGCGCCUUUCUGCCUCUCCAGUGCGGCCAGAGCUCGCUUCGCGCACCCACCCCUGCCGAGGAGCCUACUUGCUGCAGCCCAAUGCAUUGUGUAAGACGCGACCUGUUAUGGCCACCACUACUUCCGGGUUCUAGCAUUCUGGUCGGAAUCCACCUCUCCGCCUGUGCAACACACACUUUACACACGCACGGCGACUGCAAGCGGGCAGCAUCGAUCGUGGCUCCUUUAAGACAAACUCAGACAGACAUUUUUUUAACCCUCCUCUCUAAUCUCCCUCCAGUGCUGCAGUUGCAAAGAGGGAGAGAGAAAGAGAAAGAGAGCGAGAGAAGAGAGAAACUGAUUAGGAAUUAGGACUGAUUCAAGGGAAGCGGGCGCUAGGGCUUUGUGCAUUUGAAUAUUAACAUUUGAGGUGUUCUGACCAGAAGAAGACAGAGCGGAUGAUCAUUCAUUCACCACGUUGACAACCUCGCCUGUGAUUGACAGCUGGAGUGGCAGAAAGCCAUGAGAUUUGGUAGUUGGGUCUGAGGGGCGCUCUUUUUUUUUUUUUUAACUGAUUUUUUUUUGGGGGGGGGAGAAGAUCUGCUUUUUGGUUUUUUUUUCCUCCCGCUGCUGUCUUGGAACCGGAGCGCUUUUAUGCUCAGCGACGCGGGCGCCUUGCUUCAGGUCCGGUAGACCGAAGAUCUGGGACCAGUAACUCACAUUGCUGGAGACGCAAAGGGAUUUUAUUUCUUUCUUUUCUUUUUUUCCGUGCUUCAUUUUUUUUUCCGAGGGAGUCUGCAUAUUUGUUUCUUUUCACACUGGCCUUAAAGAGGAUAUAUUAGAAGUUGAGUAGGAAGGGAAGCCAGAGAGGCCGAUGGCGCAAAGGUACGACGACCUACCCCAUUAUGGGGGCAUGGAUGGAGUAGGCAUCCCUUCCACGAUGUAUGGGGACCCGCAUGCGGCCAGGUCCAUGCAGCCGGUCCACCACCUGAACCACGGGCCUCCUCUGCACUCGCAUCAGUACCCGCACACAGCUCAUACCAACGCCAUGGCCCCCAGCAUGGGCUCCUCAGUCAAUGACGCUUUAAAGAGAGAUAAAGAUGCCAUUUAUGGACACCCCCUCUUCCCUCUCUUAGCACUGAUUUUUGAGAAAUGUGAAUUAGCUACUUGUACCCCCCGCGAGCCGGGGGUGGCGGGCGGGGACGUCUGCUCGUCAGAGUCAUUCAAUGAAGAUAUAGCCGUGUUCGCCAAACAGAUUCGCGCAGAAAAACCUCUAUUCUCUUCUAAUCCAGAACUGGAUAACUUGAUGAUUCAAGCCAUACAAGUAUUAAGGUUUCAUCUGUUGGAAUUAGAGAAGGUACACGAAUUAUGUGACAAUUUCUGCCACCGGUAUAUUAGCUGUUUGAAAGGGAAAAUGCCUAUCGAUUUGGUGAUAGAUGACAGAGAAGGAGGAUCAAAAUCAGACAGUGAAGAUGUGACAAGAUCAGCAAAUCUAACUGACCAGCCCUCUUGGAAUAGAGAUCACGAUGACACGGCAUCCACCCGUUCAGGAGGAACCCCGGGCCCUUCCAGUGGCGGCCACACUUCACACAGUGGGGAUAACAGCAGUGAGCAAGGUGAUGGCUUGGACAACAGUGUAGCUUCCCCCAGCACAGGUGACGAUGAUGACCCUGAUAAGGACAAAAAGCGUCACAAAAAGCGUGGCAUCUUUCCCAAAGUAGCCACCAAUAUCAUGAGGGCGUGGCUGUUCCAGCAUCUAACACACCCUUACCCUUCUGAAGAACAGAAAAAACAGUUGGCACAAGACACAGGCCUCACCAUCCUUCAAGUGAACAAUUGGUUUAUUAAUGCGCGAAGAAGAAUAGUGCAGCCCAUGAUAGACCAGUCCAACCGAGCAGGCAAGUCCCCUCUAGUGACUGUAUUCAAGUCAGGCAAGCGAAAACCAUCCUCAAGCCAUUCACCAGGAGGGCUGCUACCUGUUAGCCAAGGAACACCGUAUAACCCCGACGGACAGCCAAUGGGAGGCUUUGUCAUGGACGGUCAGCAGCACAUGGGCAUCAGAGCGCCAGGGCUGCAAAGUAUGCCAGGGGAGUAUGUAGCCCGGGGUGGUCCAAUGGGUGUGAGUAUGGGACAGCCAAGUUAUACCCAACCCCAGAUGCCCCCCCAUCCUGCUCAGCUGCGUCAUGGGCCCCCCAUGCAUACGUACAUUCCUGGACACCCUCACCACCCAACAGCGAUGAUGCAUGGAGGACCGCCCCACCCUGGAAUGCCAAUGUCAGCAUCAAGCCCCUCGGUUCUUAAUCCAGGAGACCCGACAAUGAGUGGACAAGUCAUGGACAUUCAUGCUCAGUAGCUUAAGGGAAUAUGCAUUGUCUGCAAUGGUGACUGAUUUCAAAUCAUGUUUUUUUCUGCAAUGACUAUGGAGUUCCAUUCUUGACAUCUACUUUGGACCAAGGAGCAUCCCUAAUUCUUCAUAGGGACUCUUAAAAUGCAGGAAAACCAACUGAAGUCAAUUUGGGGGACAUGCAAAAUAACUAUAUAAGACAUUAAAAGAACAAAGAGUGAAAUAUUGUAAAUGCUAUUAUACUGUUAUCCAUAUUACGUUGUUUCUUAUAGAUUUUUUAAAAAAAAUGUGAAAUUUUUCCACACUAUGUGUGUUGUUUCCAUAGCUCUUCACUUCCUCCAGAAGCCUCCUUACAUUAAAAAGCCUUACAGUUAUCCUGCAAGGGACAGGAAGGUCUGAUUUGCAGGAUUUUUAGAGCAUUAAAAUAACUAUUAGGCAGGAGAAUCUUCUUGCCUAGGAUUUCAGCCAUGUGCGCUCUCUCUUUCUCUCUCUUUUCCUCUCUCUCCCUCUCUCUAGCCUGGGGCUUGAAUUUGCAUGUCUAAUUCAUUUACUCACCAUAUUUGAAUUGGCCUGAACAGAUGUAACUCGGGAAGGAUGGGAAAAACUGCAGUCAUCAACAAUGAUUAAUCAGCUGUUGCAGGCAGUGUCUUAAGGAGACUGGUAGGAGGAGGCAUGGAAACCCAGAGGCCGUGUGUUUAGAAGCCUAAUUGUCACAUCAAGCAUCAUUGUCCCCAUGCGACAACCACCACCACCUUAUACAUCACUUCCUGUUUUGUGCAGCUCAAAAACAUAGACUGAAGAUUUAUUUUUAAUAUGUUGACUUUAUUUCUCAGCAAAGCAUUGGUCAUGUGUGUAUUUUUCCAUAGUCCCACCUUGGAGCAUUUAUGUAGACAUUGUAAAUAAAUUUUGUGCAAAAAGGACUGGAAAAAUGAACUGUAUUAUUGCAAUUUUUUUUGUAAAAGUAGCAGUUUGGUAUGAGUUGGCAUGCAUACAAGGUUUACUAAGUGGGAUAAGCUAAUUAUACUUUUUGUUGUGGAUAAACAAAUGCUUGUCAAUAGCCUUUUCCUAUCAAGAAAACGAGGCGCUAAUUAUUAAUAACAACCAUGGCACAAUGAGUCUUAGCAUUUUGAUGGAAUUUGGAUUGUAUGAGAACUCCCAAGUUCAGCUGUAGUCAUUGAGCGCAGUAAUGAAAUCAGAAUCCAGAAUAAAAACAAGACUAUUUUUGACA